AUGGUCAGUGAUAUUGAAAUUCAAGACAAUAUCUCUCAUCAGUUUAAAGAGUAUAAGCAUGUCCGUGAUGCUUUCUUUAAAGAAUUGGCAAUUAGGCAACGUGAAAUGAAGCAACCGACUGAUUGGUGGCAUAACUAUGGACGUUGCACCCCAGAUCUUAGGCGUAUUGCAUUACGCAUAUUAGGUCUUACAUGCACUUCUACUUGUGAGCGCAACUGGAGCACUUUUGAGCAUGUAAGUUUUAAGAAUGACUCCUCAAAUGACUUGGUCCAUGAAGGGUGUGAUCUUACAUGGAUUCAAGUUGAUGAAGCAUUAGGGGCAUCUAAAAUCCUUGAAGGGUCAAAUCGGCCAAGGAGAAGUGGACAUGGACGUAGAAAUGCAAGUGAGGGACCUGAGGGUCCAAAUAGAGGUAGAUGUAGUCAUGGGAGAUGCGAGUUUGGAAGACAAGAUAAAGGCAAAAGUGUUAUUCAAGAAGAAGAAGACUCGAUGUGGGACAAAGAUAUGGAAGAUAAUGAAGAUGAAGAAGAAGAUAUUGAUGUUGAAGAUGAUCAUGAUGAUGAUGGUGAUAGUGAUGAGGAUGAAGAUGAAAAUGUUGAUUAUGGUGCUAAUGAUGUUGGUGGUUCUUACUUCUUAGACACUCUAAUUAAUUAG